UUCAUAGAGUAUUUAUUGAGUGUGCAAUUGUAAUAGUAACAAUAUAUAAACUAAGCAAACAUUAAUCAUGGCUGCUCCACCGGUAAACACAUUACCGGUAGCAUACCAAGCAUGGACAAGUCUAGCAGUACCAGACUGGUUAAACAAAGGAGACAACUCAUGGCAAAUGAUAUCAGCUACCCUUGUUGGAAUUCAAAGCAUGCCAGGACUAGUUAUCCUCUAUGGCAGCAUAGUGAAAAAGAAAUGGGCUGUAAACUCUGCUUUCAUGGCUCUCUACGCUUUCGCGGCGGUUAUAAUCUGUUGGGUUACAUGGGCUUAUAAGAUGUCAUUUGGUGAAAAACUUUUACCCUUUUGGGGUAAAGCUGGCCCUGCUUUAGGCCAGAAAUUUCUAAUCAGACAGGCAGGGCUACCCGCGACGGUGCAUUAUCAUCAUGACGGUAGUUUGGAGACUGCUGAGAUUGAACCAUUUUAUCCAAUGGCUACUAUGGUUUGGUUUCAGUGUGUUUUUGCUGCUAUUUCACUUGUUAUAUUGGCUGGUUCUGUUUUGGCUAGGAUGAAUUUUAAGGCUUGGAUGAUGUUUGUGCCACUUUGGUUAACUUUUUCUUAUACUAUUGGUGCUUUUAGUUUGUGGGGUGGUGGUUUCUUGUUUCAAUGGGGUGUUAUGGAUUAUUCUGGUGGUUAUGUUAUUCAUCUUUCUUCUGGGAUUGCUGGUUUCACCGCUGCUUAUUGGGUGGGGCCUAGAUCGAAGAAGGACAGGGAGAGAUUCCCACCAAACAAUGUGUUACUAACGUUGGCAGGGGCAGGGUUACUAUGGAUGGGAUGGGCAGGUUUCAACGGUGGAGAUCCCUACUCUGCCAACAUUGAUUCAUCAAUGGCUGUUCUCAACACAAACAUUUGUGCUGCUACAAGCCUCCUUGUAUGGACAUGGCUUGAUGUCAUAUUCUUCAAAAAACCAUCAGUUAUUGGAGCUGUUCAAGGCAUGAUUACUGGUCUUGUUUGCAUUACUCCCGGAGCUGGUUUGGUUCAAGGAUGGGCUGCCAUAGUAAUGGGAGUGCUAUCAGGAAGUGUGCCAUGGUACACAAUGAUGGUACUUGGAAAGAAGAUAUCAAUAUUUCAAAAGGUUGAUGACACCCUCGCCGUGUUCCACACUCAUGCCGUGGCUGGCCUACUAGGCGGUGUACUCACCGGCCUAUUCGCCGAGCCACAAUUAAGUACUCUCUUUCUCCCCGUCACCAAUUCCAAAGGAGGUGUCUAUGGAGGCUCUGGUGGUGUCCAAAUUUUAAAACAAAUAGUUGGAGCUUUAUUCAUCGUUGGAUGGAACAUUGUUGCUACUUCAAUAAUUUGUCUAGUUAUAAGUUUCAUUGUUCCUUUAAGAAUGACGGAGGAAGAGUUGCUCAUUGGGGAUGAUGCAGUUCAUGGGGAAGAAGCUUAUGCUUUAUGGGGUGAUGGAGAGAAACUUAGUCUCUACAAAGAUGAUACUACACAACAUGGCAUGGCUUCAAGUGGUGUCACUCAAGUUGUCUAGAUAUCAUAUGAGAAAAUUCAACAAGUUGGAAAUCGAUCGAGAGGGUUAUGUAGUUGAAAUGAUGUCAUUUUUUUUUUAUUGUGAAAAAUGUAAUAUUGAAGGAAACAAAUAAUUAAGGAAAAAAUGUCUGAUUUGUUUGUCCUUGUUUUUA